AUGUUCCCCAGGGUGAUUUUGAAGGGAACUAUGUUUAAAAAAUCUCAACAAAAGAAAAGAACAUCACCAUGCAACUACAAGGAGAGGUUUUUUGUAUUGGACACCCAAGACCUGAAGUAUUCUGAACGCCGUCCGGGGAAAAAGCCCAUGGUGAAAGGUUGCAUCGAGUUGCACAAAAUCAAGUGUGUGGAAAUUGUGUGCAGUGAUGUCCCCAUACCAUGCAACUAUAAGUACCCUUUUCAGGUUUUUCAUGACAACCAUUACCUCUACAUUUUUGCCCCUGACAAUGAUUGCCGUCAGAGAUGGGUCAGAGCUCUCAAAGAGGAGACAAAAAAUAACAAUUUGGUUGCAAAAUACCACCCAAAUUUCUGGAUGGAUGGAAAAUGGAGAUGUUGCCAACAGACAGAGAAACUGGCAACAGGUUGUCAUGUAUACGACCCAGUGGGUUAUGCUUCUAAAAAGCCUCUUCCUCAACUCCCGGAUACAGAGAUGAGACCACAUGAUGCAGGACAGAGGAUGGUCAUUGCUCUGCAAGACUACACACCGCUCGGAGACGAUGACUUGCCUCUUCAGAAAGACCAAGAGUACAUCCUGAUUAACAGCUCCCACACUGACUGGUGGAACGUACAGAAUGACAAGGGGGCCACAGGCUUUGUACCUAGUAUUUACGUAGCGGAAAAAUUUGGGACCAACUUUGAGAGAUUUGAAUGGUACAACAAAAACAUAACCAGAGCGGAAGCAGAGGAAUUGUUAAUGAUAGAGGGAAAAGAAGGUGCAUUCAUGGUGCGUGACUCGAGACAGGCAGGAGUCUACACAGUGUCAGUCUUCACCAAAGCACCGGGGUCUAAUGGGGAGAAGAAUCCAAGAAUAAAACAUUACCAAAUUAGGCAGACAGAGACGGAAGAGGUCUCAUUUUACUUGGCAGAGAAGUACCUGUUCAGCACCAUUCCUGAGCUAAUCCAUUACCAUCAACACAAUGCUGCUGGCCUGAUAACGCGUUUGAGACGCCCUGUCUCUAAGGAUGGAGGCUGCUCCCAGGAAAUUGUUGAACCCUCAAAAGGUCAGUGGGAAGUGGACCCUGAGGAGCUGACCUUGGGUCAGGAGUUAGGGAGCGGGCAGUUUGGGCUGGUGUUAGAAGGGAGAUGGAAGGAGAGGAAGGUGGCAGUGAAGAUGAUAAGAGAAGAGUGCAUGUCGGACGAGGAAUUUAAGGAAGAGGCGAGAGUCAUGAUGAGAUUGUCCCAUUGCAAGCUAGUUCAGCUCUACGGUGUGUGCACCCAGCGUUCUCCCAUGUGUCUGGUGUUUGAGUUCAUGGAAAACGGCUGUCUGUCUGAAUACCUGCGAGCCAGGAAAGGGCAUUUAUCUCAGGACGUGAUGUUGGUGAUGUGUCUGGAUGUCAGUGAGGGGAUGGCUUACCUGGAGAGCUCCAACUUCAUCCACAGAGAUCUGGCUGCCAGGAACUGUCUUGUUUCUAAGAACAAUGAAGUGAAGGUAUCUGACUUUGGUAUGACCAGAUUUGUACUUGAUGAUCAGUACACAAGCUCCCAGUGCUCCAAGUUCCCUGUCAAGUGGUCGGCCCCAGAGGUCAUCAAAUACUGCAAGUUCAGCAGCAAGUCCGACGUCUGGUCAUUCGGUGUGCUCAUGUGGGAGGUGUAUAACGAGGGCCGUCUUCCUUAUGAAAACCGCACAAAUUCUGAAGUGGUGGAGUCCCUAUCUUCAGGCCUGAGGCUCCUGAAGCCCCGCUUGGCCCCAGACUCUGUCCACCUGCUCAUGGAGUGGUGCUGGAAGGAGAAACCAGAGGAUCGUCCAUCCUUUGCUCUUCUCCUGCAUGAACUGGCCUCUCUCUCAGAUCUGUGAACCAAGAGUUGAGGUUGAUAACUAUGAAAAUAGCUAUAUUUAUUUUAUUUAUUGAUUUAUUACCAAUUUCUUGUCAAAUGUUUUUCAAAUGUCUGUGAAGUAGUUUUGAUUGAGAUGAUUACAAAACACAAGAAGUCUUAAAUGCCUGGAUUAUGCACUUUAUCUGUUUCCUCUGUAUACAGUCUAUUCUUGAGAAGGCUCACAGUCCAUUCGCGCAGCUACUGCUGCUUACUGCAGGUUUCAAAUAUAUAAGAUCUCUGUACAUUAAACAGGUUAGAUGGUUAGGUUGUUUAAUCCGCUGUCGAAUAAAUGAAUCCAUAUGAAACAUGUUUUGUCCUUAAAAGUUUUCUACAUAUCAUCAGGACUACAAUAA